AUGGGUCUCAUAUUUACAUACCAUGCUCCAAAGGAAGAUGAUAGAUAUCGUCAAUCAGACUACUUUAAGAAUGAAGUUGAAGAUUAUUUGACACGUCUUACAGGAAGAUCGAGAUCACAUAAUAUUAAGGUAUUCUUUGUUGAUAAUGUUGCAUAUAAUCGUUUAGAUGUCCAAUAUGAGAUUCCUCAAAUUCGAAAUUGGGUUUCCGAGCGUUCCUCUUACAAUCUUCCAGAUUCUCUUAAAUCGGACGCAAUUGUUGGUCAUUGGCAAGUUGAAGGGGAGUUUGAUGUUUACAAUAACACAUUUGAGGAAAAAAUUGAUGAUGAUAAUUCCAUUUUUUACUCGAAUUUUAUAAACAAAACCCGCAACAUUUGGAUGUCUUUAAAUAGGACAUAUACAAUACAAUUUGAUUGGGAAAUUGCUAAUGUUUCACAGAAAUGGAAUUAUUCCACUACAAUUGAAUACAUGACAGAUAAAGAUAUUGAUAGAUCUCGCUAUAAAGUUGAAUAUUAUAACCUUAUAAAAUCCCGAGAGAAAACAACAUAUUCAGACGGAAGAAUAACAUAUUCUGAUUGGAAAGUAAUAAAUAAGAAACUACAGCGCGUAAGACAUAGAUGUAAAACUGAGAGAGAGGCCAAGCGCAUAGUUAAAGGCAUUGGAAAGGUAUUUAGAAUCAGAUGA